AUGGCCAAUGUCACCAACGGCACCCCGAGACAGGCUUGGGAAAUGCAGGAAUGGAUCAAGCCCCGUGGAGCAGGGUACUAUUUCGACGGCGCCGUCAUGAUUCCGCCUCAACUAGUUGGCACCGAGCACGCCUUCUUCUUGUACAGCGGCGAAGCGGAAGAAAGCUUCACCAAAAAUGCGGCACAUGUCGUCAGCUCCCUUGGCUUCGCACAAUAUACAGCGGCAAACCUCAAUCCAGCUGCUGCUGCGCUGCCUCACCAUAAUAAACAGUGGUUCAUAUUAGAUCUGAUGCCAACGUGA